AUGCACACCCAUGCCACCCACAGCACCACCCAUGCACACCCAUGCCACACCCCAGCAUUAACCACGCACGCUUAUGCCAUACACCAGCACCACCCAUGUACGCCCACGCCACCCUCCAGCACCAUCCAUACACGCCCACGCCAUCCCCAGCGCCACCCAUGCACGCCCACGCCACCCCAAGCGCCACCCAUGCGCUCCUAUGCCACCCUCCAAGCACCACCCAUGCACGCCCACGCCACCCCCAGCACCACCCAUUCACGCCCACGUCCGCCAUCCACCAGUAUCACCUACGCACGCCCACGCCAUCACCCACCCACCACCCAUACAGGCCCACGCCACCCUCCAGAUGUCCCUCAGUACUAUCCAUGCACGCUCACGUCCGCCACCCCUCAGCACCACCCACGCACGCCCACGCCAUCCCCCUCCACCAGCAGUGCGCACCCACGCUACCUCUCAGUACCACUCAUGCACGCUCACGUCCGUCACCCCCCCCCCGCACCACCCACGCACACCCACGCCAUCCCCCUCCACUACCCAUGCACGCCCACGCCACCCCCAGCACCACCCACGCAAGCCCACGCCACCCUCACUACUACCCAUGCACUCUUGCACCACCCCUAG